CCCCUCGAAGAGGGUUUAGGCGCGGCGAGCCGGCGAGACCACCACCGGCCACCGCAUCUCGCACGGAAAACCCCCAGCGCAUCCCUCGCCGCCGCCCGGCGCGCGGCCAUGGUGUCGCAGCACGGCAUCCUCCUCGCCGUCAGCAUCAUCUCCGACCACUUCGGCCCCCUCGUAUCCAAGGUGUGCGGCUGCCUCCUGCGCCACGGCGCGCUGUCGCUGCAUGAGAUCGUCCGCCGCCUCGAGCUCUCGCCGGGGCAGGUGAAGAACUCCCUCCUCGUUCUCAUCCAGCACAACUGCGUCCAGGCCUUCUCGACCCCUAGAGGGAGCGGCGGUAAGACGGUGACGGUCUACUUGGCCAUCUUCGACAAUGUCCUGCACCGGCUGCGCUUCUCAAAGUUCCUUUCUGUUGUCCGUGCGGAUAUUCCAGAGUCAGAAGAUCUUCUUGAAGGAUUACUUCAGAAUGGUAGGCUAACAUUUGAUCAACUUGUGUGGCGAACAAUCUCUAAAAUACCAGAUGGCAGCCCCAAACCAACAAGGGAAGAAAUACGAAUGAACUUCAACAAACUUGUAUAUGCGCAUUAUGUGGAACGUUGCCCGAAACCGGAACCUUUUUUUGAUCCGCUUAUAGAUGAGCAGCCUCCGUCCACAAGGAAGCGAGCUCCUAGAGCUGUUGAGACGGUUCUUUCACUUGAGCAAAAAGUUGUCCGUACUGCAGCUCUAUCUGAUGCUGAAAGAUUUUCUGAGAUCCCAUACUCCAUGGAAGAGUCAUCAAAUGCAAAUGAUGAUGAUCAUCAUGCUGUUGCUGGUGGUAAGCGGAAACAUGAAGCCCUAGAAGUAGAUGAAGAGGAUUCAAUAAUUGCAGAAAAUGAAGUGCUCUGGCGCGCAAAUUUUGAAAGGUUCAUAUUUUGUUUAAAGAAGAAAUUCUGUGCAGACCGAAAGAAAGCAAAGCUGAAGGUUGGUACCCUUGCUAUAUGGGAAGCAUUUUUUGAGGCCAAUGUAACGAACAAUGACAACAAGACUGUGACAUCACCAAUGAAUGGAAUUUUGGAGAGAGUAGGACAGAAGGAAGGAGGUUCAUCAAUGACAGUGGAUCAGAUAAUAAGUGCAUUGAAUGAUCUGGAGUGCAUCUCUACCACUAGGGACCCAGAACAAUUCACUUUCGAUUUAAACAAAUUGGUCGAGACAUGUCGAAAUGAUGAGGUAGAAUCUCUUGUGAAAAAGAAACACGGGCAAGAAGCUUAUACAAUCUUUAGGUUAUUGCUGAAACAAGGUGGUCCAGUUGAGACUGAUGAAAUUACUGACAGGACAAUUUUAGACAAGCAGAUUGUUCAUGAAACUUUAUACAAACUUUGGAAGGAUGAAUACAUAGAUUCAGAGAGAGUCCCUUCUGCGGCAUCAGGAACAGGAAAUGCACAGUUUUUUGUUUGGAGAGUGAAAAAUACAUAUCGGGAACAUUACAUCGAUCAUCUUUAUCAUGCUGCUUUAAACUUGCGCCAGAUGGUCAAUUGCAUGGCUGAACUUUUGCUCGAGGGUACAAAGGAUGAAACUAAACUUCGGAACAGAAAGAACAUUUUGAUCCUAGCUCUCACUAGACAUGAUGAGUCCCUCAUGCUGUUCCAUGAUUUUUGAUAACACGAAGAGAUGCUGGUGACCUGUCAGUCGAGCAACCUGCACCAACCAAUACUAGUUCUUCGAUGAGUGCUCGCUGUGUCAUAGCUUCCAGUUUGAAAGUGGACAUGAAAAAUCCCAAACAUUUCGUUUAAAGUCGAAACUUUUGUUCCGUCUGUCAGGUAAAUUUGACGUGCAUAUGCUCCAUCUGCUAACUGGACUCCUUUUGAUAUGCACCGAAUUUGAUAGGCGCCGACCAUUCGCUGCCUUUCUUUUCA